AUGAAGUCACGGCUCGCGAUUUAUCUGUCGCUGGCCUGCGUCGUCUGUCAGUUCACCUCGAUCGUUGCUCGAGGGAUCGAGAAAGAGUACGACGACCUGACAGCCGAGGCGACUCAUCAUCAUCACGACGAGGGCAGCGGUGGAGAGCAUCACUCCGACCAUCACAGCAAGCACGGCGAUCACGGGGACAAGGGUUACAAGUCGUCGCAUCAUCACGAGAAAGGUGAGAAGGGACACCAUGACAAGGACGAGCACAUGGGGCACUACGACGAGGACGAGGGACACAAGAAGGGCCAUCAUCACGACGACGGUUACUACGGCGAGCAUCACAAGGGCGAGAAGGGAGAGAAGGGGCACAAGUUCCACGAGGAGGGACACUACGGGAAGGGGCACAAGACGAAGGGACACCACGAGGUUCACAAGUUAGACGAGUUCAAGAAGGACAAGGAGUUCUUCGACGAGCAUCACGAUUCCGGGCAUCACGAGGAUCACGGUGGACACCAUCACGAGCACGGGCACAAGAAGGGUGGACACUUCAAGAAGGGACACCACGAUCACGGGGAGCACGAGGAUCAUUACGGAAAGAAGGGUCAUUUCGAGAAGGGACAUCAUCAUCACGACGACAAGGGACACAAGAGCGACGGUGGUCACGACGAGCAUCAUCAACAUCAUUCGAGUCACGGCAAGAAGGGAGGACACGACGACCACAAGUCGUGGGGAUUUAAGAAGGGACACUGA